UUACCAACAAUGACGGCAUGCAUGCGCCCGGAAGAGCUUGUAUUCGCUAUGACGCACACCCAGACCCCCAUCCGUACAAUAUUGGUACCAAAUGAGGAAAUGGAAAUGCUGAGCAGUGAUGAGAUUGAUCCGUCCGCUGGUUGCUACGAUUUCAGCGAUGCACCUAUCGAUGUCAAUCAUGAGGAAAUGGAAAUGCUGAGCAGUGAUGAGAUUAAUCCGGCCGCUGGUUGCUACGAUUUCAGCGAUGCACCUUUCAAUGUCAAUCGUUUCAUUAUUUGGCGAUCCGUUCGAACAUCGCUUUUACUGGAAGAACGCAGUGUGAGGCAUUCGCUAAAAAAUAACACGCUGUGCCUCAAUUUUGCCUCAGUUAAUGUGAUACCUGGAACAGGCUUUUUCUACGUGAACCAAAAAUUGGUGCUAAUUGUGCCAACGCAAAACAUGCUUCAUCGUUUUGCCUUUGAUGCAAAGUUUUUGGAGCAAGGAAUUAACCAAGAAUAG